GUUCCUCGCAAAUCCGUCCGGCGCCUCGCUUCUAGCAGCAACCUUAUUACGCUACAUAGUAGCGGCAUAUAACUGAACGUGCGAGGAUCACCUCCGCUCCAAUUUCAUUUUCCUGAUGUCUUUAAGUCGUCGUCUGUUGUGGGUCGGUUCGUUAAUCGGUAGCAUAGCGCCACUCUAACCGCCAGCGUCCGCGUUCAUCAGUGCUGGCCCGACAUUGCGUGCUCUUCGGCUCGAGCGGUCAGUAAGAACCGUCUACAAGCGUCCGUAAGAACCGUCUAAAAACGUCAGUAGAACCGUCUAGAAACGCCAGUAAGAACCGUCUAGAAGCGUCUAGAAUCGUCUGCGACAUGGCAGCGGCGAAGGCAAUCGCUAGUCGUCCGGCGUUUAAAGCCGGCUCCGACGGCGGAUUCGAGGGGAGCUGCGGUCUUAGCUCCGCGGAUCGCGCGGCGAAGGCGGGGAAUCGCGCGCAGCUGGCGGCGGUGUUCCGCGCGUACGGCCGCUUGCGUGGAGCGCUGCAGCGGCGGAGAGGCGAUGGCGGGGAGCCGGUUGUGGAUAAAGACAUCCAGGCGGCGUUCUUUGCCAUGCUGGACGCGGCUCAGGGCUGUAUCAGUGUACGAAGGGUCGCAGCGGGGCUGAUCCCCCGCUACGCGCGCUUCUGCCCCUCGGGAUUGCCGGACGCAGCGCAGACGCUCAUGCAGCUGGCGGACUGGUUUGUACGGGGCGAAGAGCCGGAUUCGGCAGCUGUGGCUGCCUGUGCGCUGGUUGGCUCAGGAGAUCAGGGGGUUGAGGCAUCAGUGCCUGGAUCUGAUCCCACGGGGGCAAAGGAGGCCGCUGCCAUCACCACCACCACCACCGCCACUGCCAUCACCACCACCACCGUCGCUGCCAUCACCACCACCAAAUCCACUUCCGCCACCAAAGCAGCAUGCAGGCGGGAUCUAGGUCCCCCUGCUGACGACACCAAGGUGAUCAUGGCGACGGUGCGGUCGGCGUUUCUCGGCCUGGCGUCCAUCUUGGCUGUAGCGGCGGCAGCAGCGUCCGCUACAGCCCCCUCCUCCCGCACUUCCGCCCCCACCUACCUCUCCUCUGCUGUCUCUCGGGACGUGGCCCGCUUCCUCCUGUCUCACUUGCAUCCCGACUGCACGCUGCCCCUGCCUCCUUUUUAUGACCCCGACUCAGCAGCUGCAGCUGCUGUUGCUGCUGGUGAUGGCGCUGGUGAUACUGGUGGUGCGGGUGGUAGUGAUGGUGGUGCAGGUGAGCUCAAUGCCCCUUCCUUGAUUACCGAUCUAAGCGCCCGUUUUGCAACAGCAGAUGGGGUGGCAGCAGCAGCAUCAUCAUCAGCAGCAGCAGCAGCAGCAGCAGCAGCAGCAGCAGCAGCAGCAGCAGCAGCAGCAGCAGAUGGUAAACGGGGAGUUUCCCCUGAAUCUGGCACUUCUUACGAUGCUGAUAAGCACAGGAACAGCAGCAGCAGCAGCACAGCAGUAGGGUUACCACCAGACCCAGGCUCGGACGGAGGCCUGGAGCUGACCUCAGGCCCGGAGCUAGCCUCGGUAAAGCAGAUCGUGGCAGCGGCAGUGGUUCGGGCGAUGCAGCUACAGCCGGAAGCGAUGCUUGGGGCGGCGAUAGAGCAGGCACGGACGGGGGGAAGCGGAGGGGUGGGGAGGAGUGGUGAGGGGCAGAGAGGCAAACAGGCGAUCUCUUUUCUGCUACAGGUGACUGCCCCUCGGGAGGUUGCGGGUUUAACUGGGGAGGGGGAAUCUGAGGGUAUGGAGGGUAGGAAGGCAAAGAGGGUUAAAGUAGGUGAGGAGGAGAGGAGGGGGGAGGAGGGAGGAGCGGAUGGAGGGGUGGAAGGGAGAGCAGGGGACGAGAGGGAAGAGGAGGAGGAGGGGGAAAGGGACAAGGGGAUGGCUGCCGGUGUAAAUGAAAAGGACGUCGGUCCUGGUGUUGGAAAGGGGGGCGGAAAUGGUGGGGACAGCGAUUCGAACAAGAAAGAGGAGGGAGCGAAGGACGAGGACGAGGGCGAGGAGGAGGCAGAGCGGGUGGGAAACGCGGAGGGGGAGAAAACGAAGGAUGGCUUUAGGGAGGAGAAGGAAGGUGGGAGGGAGAGGAGGGAGGAAUCGGAGCGGGGAGAGGAAUCCAGCGAGAGGGAGAGCGCUAGGAGCAAGCGGAAGAGGGCGAGGGAGCAGUCCAGCAUGGCCUUUCAGGCUCUGGAGGGACGUCCGGAGUCGCUCCGGUGGCUCGCUGCGGUGCUGCAGCAGGUUCGGCGAAGUGGCUCGGCGGCCAUAGACUCCCUGGGGGACUCCUGGUACUCUCUCCAGUCGCUGCUGGCUUCCCUAAGGGACGCUUCUGCUGCCUCUGCUGCGGCGGCUGCUGCUACUGCUAUGGCUGGUGCCGCUUCUGCUGGUGGUGCUGCUGGUGCUGGUGGUGGUGUUAAAACUGGUGCUGGUGGUGGGGUUGGUGACAGGGGCGAGGGAGAGAGGGACGAGAGGGGCGGAGGGGGGAAGGACCAGCAACAGAGGGAAGCCGAGAGGGUUGGGGCGACAGGAGGAGCAGGAGUGGCAGCUGGUGCUGGUGCUGGUUCAGGUGCUGGUUCAGGUGUAUCUGGGUGGUCGUGGGAUGGGGAGGUGUUUACGGUGACCCGGUUUCUAGAGCUCACUUUCUGCUCCGAGGCGGGGACGCCUCUCCCGGUGGAAGGCUUAUCUGGGGAAGGCCAUCGGACGGUGCUGCGAUCACUCUUCGAGAAAUUCGGCCCGGUGGAUGACGUGUGGAUUGUGGGCGGAGGGGGCGGAGGGGGAGGAGGGGGAGGAGGGGGGGGAGGCAGGGACAUUGGUGGGCCGGUGCAUGUGACUGUAACGAUGGUGACUGUACGGGAGGCGGUGAGGGCGAGGGAGGGGUUGAACGGGGUGGUCCUUUGGGGGAGGAGGCUGCAAGUGCGCUUUGGGGAUGGGCCCGGGGGAGGUUUACCUGGGGGCGGGUUGGUGGCACGAGAGAGAGGAGAGACAGGAACAGAGGGGAGGGAGCGCGAUGGUGACCGGGAUAGCCAGCGAGAGGGGAGAGAUAGCCUUCGGGUGCUCGGGCUCAGAGACAGUGGAGGAGUGAGGCAGACUGGCUUCUCUCCGAGUCUCAUCAACUCUCCCCUGGGCUUGGUUGCUGGUGGCCGGAGAGGUUUGGGUCUCCCUAUAGGCGCUGCUGCUGCUGCGGCGGCGGCUGCUGCUGCUGCUGCUGCUGCUGCUGCAGGGAGGGGUUUAGGGUUAGGGUUUCUGGGGGCGCAUAUGGGGGGGUUUGCAGGGGUGGGGGUUGGUAUGGGGGGAGAGAGAGGGGUGGAGAUGGGGCGAGCAGGCACCCCUCCCCUUCCUCCUCCUCUUACUCCUGCUGCUGCUGCUGCUGCUGCUGCUGCUGCUGGUAGUGCUGGUGCUGCUGAAGCCUUGCCGCCCGCUUCUCGGCUGCACGUGUGGGUGGGCGGCGUGAACAGUGCCAGUGCGAAGGAGAGCCUGCUGCAGCGGCUGGCAUUCGCUGGCGUCCCGCCGCCCGCCCACGUGUCCGUCCUAGUCAGCGCCAGCGCGCUGCUCCUGGAAUUCAGGAGGCAGGAAGAUGCGAACAUGGCACUGAUGUUCUUAAAACGAGGGGUGGUGCCAGCAGCAGGGGGAGGGACAGGAGGGGCAGGAGGGGUAGGAGGAGAGGGGGAAGGUGGGGGGGAGAGUGGGUAUGUGCGUGGUGGGGCUUCGGAUGGUGGUGAUGGUGGGGGUGACAGUGGCAUAGGAGGUGCUUUCAGGAGGGGGGGGAGUAGGGAGAGAGGUUUUCCUCCAGCAACGACUCCUCCUCUGUCUGCCACAGCAGCAGGAGGUUCACCAUCGCCAUCGCCAUCACCAUCGCCAGCAGCAGCUGCUGGUGGCUUUGGGGGUUUUCCUGGCACUGCCAUUCAUUCUUCCGCUGCUGCUGCUGCGGCAGCUGCUUCAGCUGCUGCUGCCGCUGCUCUCUCCCCGUCUCUCCGCGGGUCAGCAUCCGCCACUCCCCCGUCAGCCGCCCCACCAGCAGCACGAGCAGCAGCAGCAGCAGCAGCAGCAGCAGCAACACCAGGCACACCAGCUGGAGUGGGGUUCACUCCUACCCACACAACAACCCAGCAGGCACUUGCAGCGGCUGUAGCAGCAGCAGCAGCCAACACCCCUGGGGCUCAGGCUGUAGCAGCGGCAGCAGCAGCCGCAUCAGGGAUGACUUCAGCACUGGUGAUGGGCGGCCCGUCUGCUGCCCGGCAUCUAUGGGUGGGGAAGAUCGAUCCGACGGUCCCCGAGCACGAGAUCUUGUCGGCCUUUGCGCAUGGUGGGGAAAGUGAUGGGGGUGGUGCAGGGGGAGCGGGAGGAGGAGCAGAAGGGGCGAGGGGUCAAUCUGGGGCUGCUCUCGUGUCGGCUUUCAUUGAUUUCCGAUCGGCAGAGUCUGCUAUUCUUGCUCGGUCCCGACUUAAUGGCGCGCGAUACGGCUCCUCCUGCAUGCAGGUGGAGUUCAAGCACGCAGCAUCGCGGGCAGCGUCCUCUCCCCAGCAGCCCGCCUCCUCCCUCUCCCACCUGCAGCACCUGCAAGCCCUCUCCUCUUCCCCCGCCGCCCGCCUCAUGCCCCUCGCCUUCCUCCCCCUCUCAGGCCUCCCCUCCCGCCUCCCCUUCACCCCUGGUGCCGCCCACAACCUCGCCGCCCACUCUGCUGCCGCCCAGUCCGCUGCCAGCCUCAGGUUCCUCCGAUCCAUGGGUGCAGGCCUGGGCGGAGGCUUGGGAGGAGGUUCGAUGCCAGGUUUGGGUUCCGGGCUGGGCUUGGGUGGAGGUGUGGCAGGGACAGGCGAGGGUGGAGCACGAGAGAGGGACCAAGAGGGGGGAGGAGGAACAGCAGCAGCAGGCGCGGCAGGCAUACCAGGAGUAGGAGGAUUGAGUACUGGCGGAAUGGGUUCAGGAAUGGGUGGGGGAGUGGGAGGCGGACUGGGCACAGGAAUGGGGACAGGAAUGGGGGCAGGAAUGGGGACAGGUUUGGGUGCAGGAGGAGUGGUGUACGGGACAGGAGGCAAGGAGCGCGUGCCCACAAGCACCCUCUGGAUGGGCAUAUCCGAGCAGGCGAUCUCCACCCAGUCAGCAGCCAGUGCAGCAGCAGCAAUGGCGGCUUUCAGCCUGUCCGAGUCCGAGCUGCAGGGGAUAUUCACAGCGGCGGCGGGGGGUCGGGGGUAUGUGACGCGGGUGAGGAGUGCGCGGUCCAUGAGGGGCCCGUGCCGGUUCAUCGAGUUUGAUCGCGUGGAGGCUGCGGCUACAGCUCUCACGAACAUCGUGAUUUCGGAGAGAUUCGAUUCAGCUGUGCAAGUUGAAUUCAGCAAUUCGGCCCUAUCGCUGCAGCAGGCAGAGCAGCAGCUAGCUGCAGGCAACAUUGCAGCAGCUGCAGCCGCGGCUGCAGCGGCCGCUGCUGCUGCGGCCGCCGCUGUUUCAGGCACCUCUGCUUCGCACUCUGGCGCCGCUGCUGGCAGUAGUGCACCUGCUGCUUCUGCUGGUGGUGGUGGUAACAUUGUUACACAGGAGGGUACUCCUAGGCUCACGGCAAGUGGCAGUGGUAGCAGAUGGGAUAUCAGGGAACCCCCCCACCCGCACAUCCCCUCCUCCUCCGCCUCACUCCCAACCCAUCCCUCCCACCUCGUGGGCCCCAUUCGAGGCAGACUGCCAGGUGUUACGACAGGUGUCGCAACAGGUGUAACAUCAGGUGUAACAUCAGGCGCAGCGGCAACAGGAGCAAUAUCAACGCCCCCUUCCUUUGGAUCCGUAGGGUCGGGGAACAGCGGAAGGGCAGCAGAUGGCUCUACUGCUGGGGCGACUGCAGCAGGGCAAGUAACGGGGUUAGGAGGAGCAAUGGCAACAGCAGCAGCAGUAGCAGCAACAGCAGUAGGGACCGCCUUCCCCUCUCUGCCUCCUCCUCCCCCCUUUCCCCCUCCUCCCCCCGCUGCUCCAUCUGCCGCCGUUCCUCUCCCCCCCACUGCCGCCCCUGUCACUCCUCUCCCCCCCCUCCCUCCCCCAGCAUCUACUGUUCCUCUCACGGAACCAUCAGCCGGUGUGGGGGGGUCAGCAGAGGGAAGGGAGGGGAGAGGGGCUGGGGAACGAGGAGGGAUUGCAGAGGGUGGUGUUGGGGGUCCUCUGUCUUUUUCGGGUAUGGUCAUGGGGGCAGGUAGCGCACAGGAGGGCACAGCAGCACAGGAAGGAGGGGGGACGCAGGAGGAGACAGAUAUGGAUUUUGAUGAUGAUGAAGAUGCAACUAUACGACAUGUCUCCAUGCCACACACUUCUGCCUCCCAACCCCCGGUUUCUGUUUCACUAACCUCCCCUCCUCGCUUUCCUACGACACCACUGCCACCCGCGCCGCCUCCUCCUCCGCCCCCGCCUCCACCACUUGAGCCCCCGGCACUGGAGCCUUCGGCUGUUCUUCCUGUUCCCCCUCCUCCCCAUCCCGCUUCCUCUCCUCUUCCAGCCCCACCUGCUGCAGCUGCUGCUGCCGCUUCUGCUGCUGCUGGUGCUGCUAUUGCCGGUGUUUCUGCUGCUGCGGGUGUUGCGCCUUUGGAUCAGGAGAGAGGGGCUGAGAGGGAGAAGGACGGUGGAGGGGGCGCAGAGGGGAAGAGAGAUGACGGUCAGAGGGAGGGGGGGAAGGAGGAGGAGCAGCAGCAGCAGCAGAUGGUGCUUCAGGAGCUGCAGGCGCAGAGGCAUCAGCAGCAGCACCUGCAGCUGUCGCUGCUGCCGCGCUUUGCUCUGUGCAAGAGCGGGGUGAUGUACUGCCACGUGGCCGCUGCCAGGCAGCAGGUCAGGGGGAGCCGCUACGACGUCUCUCACACUGCAGGGCAACACGAGCCUCUGGGGUGGCCUGAUAAGUUAGAUGUGACCAAGCGGGCAGAUUUCCGGGCAGUUCGGAAUACUUUCAAUGCCUGUCCCAGCUCUCGGAGGGAGGUGUGCAUUCUCUUCCCACUCCCCUCCACGUCCACCGCAUCUCGCUCAGCAGACACCGGAGGCCCUUCCUCUGGGUUCACGCGAAUGGUGGACUAUUUGCGGCAGAAGGAGCGCGCGGGGGUGGUGAAGAUCCCUCCAGCCAAUGGCGUGUGGCCACGUAUGCUCUACGUGCUGCCCUGGUCCCGAGACAUGUGCGAACUGCUGGGGGUUACCACAGAUAGCCCUGACUGCCUCCUCGGGCUCAUACUGCCAGCCGUGCCCCUCCCUGCUCACUGAUCGCGCUUUGGGUGCACCAGAAAAGACGUGGGCUGCUGAUACCUCCACGCACACAUUUUUGUGCUCUGCGUGCUUCCCUCCCUGGUCCCGAGACAUGUGCGAACUGCUGGGGGUUACCGGUACCACUGAGGGUUACCACUGAGAGCGCUGACUGCCUGCUAGGGCUCGUAUAGCCAGCUGUUCCCCUCCCUGCCCACUCAUCUUACCACACUCAACCGCAGUCAAUCGUAGUCAGCUUGUUUCAAGAGGGGCAUGGCAGCUCCGCGGUCAGUCAUCCUGUGGUGGAUGUCGAGCAGGGCCCUAGAUAUCAGCCUUUUUACGCUGAUUCAGGGUUUUUUCAGACUUUUUUUUAGGGUACACACUGAUCACUCAGCCUUUUUUGGAUAAGUAACACUGAAGAAUAAGCCUUUCUUUCGUAA